AUGUUUGCACAUUGCGUUAAAUUAACUAAUUCAGUUUUUGAAAAUAUUGGAAUUAUUACCGAAAUACAGGCGAAUGCUUUUUCUGGAUGUUCAGAUCUCAACCUUAAUUGGUAUUCAUUCUAUAGUAUCAAAAUAAUUGGCGAUAAUGCAUUUUCUGGCAACAAUGUGAUAGCUGAUUUACUAUUUUCUCCCACAUUAGAAGAAAUUGGUAAUGCAGCAUUCCAAAAUGUUUAUGCUCUUAGAACAGUUCGUCUCCCACCAAAAAUGACAAAAAUUGGGCAAAUAAAGAACCUUGCGCUCUUCUUAUAG